GGCCAACAACAAAUUGCCGCAUAGGUAAGCAGAAAUCUGCUCUCAUUCUCUAUUGGCCACAAACAGGCAUGUCUUAGGAGCGGAAGAGUAGGAAGAUCUCUAACUGUGCUUGGAAACUUGGGGAGUUACCAUGUCUGGCUAAAGUGUAUUGUCUUAAGGAAAACCUAUGAAUUUGCCUGCGUUGGCUUGGUGCUGAGGAAAGUGGAAGAGAGGCUGGGGUACGCCUUUCAACAUGAAUGGAACUGACCACUGGAGGGAAAGAACAAGAAACAGCAGUGAGAACAAGGAACAAAGACUAUCCAGCCCAUCGCCCACCUGGGGGGAAGUGAGGGGAGAUGGGCAGGGUGACAACAUGGCCAACAUCUAAAGUGUGAAGAGGGGCUUUUACCAAGUGCCCACCCCUUCCCAAGUAGGGGGCAACCAACAUCAGCAUCUGUGGCGGGUCCUACUACUGGGCAGAGGCAGGGGAACCCUGGCAUGAGUUCUGGAUUACAUAGGAGAUGUGACUUGGGCACUUUUGGGGCUUAAAAGGAUCAAGGGGGGAGAUUUGAAAAUCCCAGUGGAGGUGCGAGGUAUCCGGGGACAGGGUAAAAACGGGAACAGUCUUCAGCACCUGCCUGUACCAGGAGCUCUGUGUAUGCCAUCUCAUUUCCGUCUCCAGCAGCCAGGCGGGCCUUGGCGGCAAGAGGCACAGGCUUUGGGAGCAGAGGCCCUGCAGCUUGCCAAGCACACACGGCCCUAGGGCGCCCGGCUGAGACGGCACCUUGGCACCCGGGCCCGCUGCAGCCCACUCCGGUCAGCUACACCCUAGUCAGGAGCCUUUCCAGCGGGUCGGAGGAGAACGGAAGUUUGGGGAGACCCGCGCGAUUCGCCUGGCUGCAUUUUACAUUUCUUUCUCCAGCAGCUGGGGUCACAAAGGCUGCUCUCGCCGGCUGUGUUGGAACGUGGACACGUGCGCUUUGGUAAUAGGGCAGCCUCUCCCGCGGGCGCAGUCCCCUCUGCGAGCGCCCCCGGCUGCUGAGGCGGGACCAAGGACCCGGAGAUUUGAGCCGCGGGUGGGCGGGGAGGGGCCUUUGUGACCUGCCCGCCCCUCCCCGGCACUGUGAUGCCGGGGGGCAGCUGCGGGCCCGGCGCGCCUGUCCCCGGCGCCCCCCCUCCCAGUGUGUCACAACGGCGGAGGCGGCUGUAUCUGGAGCAGUCGGGGCGGGCAGGCCCAGCUGGGAGGUGCGCGGGCGAGGACAGCGGCAGCGAUGCGGGAAUGCAUAUCAGUCCACGUGGGCCAAGCAGGAGUUCAGAUUGGCAAUGCCUGCUGGGAGCUCUUCUGCCUGGAACACGGCAUCCAAGCAGAUGGCACCUUCGAUGCUCAAGCCAGCAAGAUCAAUGAUGAUGACUCCUUCACCACCUUUUUCAGCGAGACUGGCAAUGGGAAGCAUGUGCCCCGGGCCGUCAUGAUAGAUCUGGAGCCGACUGUAGUAGAUGAGGUUCGGGCAGGAACCUACCGCCAGCUCUUCCAUCCAGAGCAACUGAUCACAGGAAAGGAGGAUGCAGCCAACAACUAUGCCCGGGGCCACUACACGGUGGGCAAGGAGAGUAUUGACCUGGUGCUGGACCGCAUACGGAAGCUGACAGAUGCUUGCUCUGGCCUGCAGGGCUUCCUGAUUUUCCACAGUUUUGGUGGGGGCACUGGCUCCGGCUUCACUUCUCUGCUGAUGGAACGCCUCUCCCUGGAUUAUGGCAAGAAAUCCAAGCUGGAGUUUGCCAUCUACCCAGCCCCCCAGGUCUCUACUGCAGUGGUGGAGCCCUACAACUCCAUCCUGACGACCCACACCACACUGGAACAUUCAGAUUGUGCUUUCAUGGUGGACAACGAAGCCAUCUAUGACAUCUGCCGUAGGAACCUUGACAUUGAGCGCCCUACCUACACCAACCUCAACCGCCUCAUCAGUCAGAUUGUGUCCUCAAUCACUGCUUCUCUCCGCUUUGACGGGGCCCUCAACGUGGACCUCACUGAGUUCCAGACCAACCUGGUACCCUACCCCCGCAUCCACUUCCCGCUGGUCACCUACGCGCCCAUCAUCUCUGCCGAGAAAGCCUAUCACGAACAGCUCUCUGUGGCCGAGAUCACCAGCUCCUGCUUUGAGCCCAACAGCCAGAUGGUGAAGUGCGACCCGAGACAUGGCAAGUACAUGGCCUGCUGCAUGCUGUACCGGGGCGACGUGGUGCCUAAGGAUGUGAAUGUUGCUAUUGCCGCCAUCAAGACCAAGAGGACCAUCCAGUUUGUAGACUGGUGUCCCACAGGCUUCAAGUACUUGUCCCCACUUGACUCAGGUCAAGAGAUGUUAGCACUUAGAGGAGAGCAGGUUGGCCCAGGCACAAGGUUUAUGGCAGUCAGGUCAGUUCUAGCAAUGUAUGUGAUGUGGCCAAGUUCAUAUUCAUUGCCUUUCCCUUCCCCACUUUGCCCCUCUCCCAGUAUUACCUCCACCUCCAAGAUGCCACCUGUGCCUAAGAGGAAUGACAGCUGCUGUGGGCCCAGUGGCUGGCUGGCUACCCACGUUGCCACACAGCUCGCUGCCAUUCCCACCCCAGCCCCUCAGGAGGAUGUGCAUUUUAAAGCUAUGGAUUUAAGAGACUGGCAAUUAAAAUGUGGUGGUCUCAGUGGGAGAGGUGGCUGAGGACAUCACUGUGGUUCUCAUAAGUAAUGUCACGGUUUGCCACGUUAGACUUGUCCCAGUUUCCCAUGGUUCCUGGGGUUGGCUUUGGUUUGGGACAUGUGUUGGGAAGAAGAGAGAUUUCCAGGAUAGCAGCACCACUGUAAGACGCGUCUGGGCUGAGCCUGGGAGACCUGCCAUGCUGCCAAAACUUGGCAAGACCUUCAACAGCCUUCUUGGAUUGGAGUCCCUGCUUUUCUUCUAAGAAGCCCCGAUUCCCAAAAAUAUAGAGCCUGGUUAACGCCAACACCACCCCGGGGCCUUUCGGCUCUCUUUAUUUAUUGCUCUGGAAUAUCCCUGUGACCUCUUCCAACAGUUUUCACUCUUGCCAGGGAAACUUCCCUAAAUUUAUUUGCAACACAACUAAGAGGAACUUCAGAUGACCACUUGGGAGAGAGUACACUUUUGAACAGCUUCGAAUCUAGAAUGCAUUUCCCUCUUACACAUACACAUGUACCAGACACCUCCCACCCGCUCCUAAUGUCGCUCGUGACUCUCAUUUGCCUACUUGCUGAGCCCCCAUACCAGCCCUGUCCUCCUUCUCUAGCCUUUGAUUGCCCAGUCCUUCCCCAUCUACUUUUGUUUGUUUUGUUUUUAAGAGAAAGGGUCUUGCUGUGUCCCUGCCACUGGAAUGCAGUGGAACCAUUGUAGCCCACUGCAGCCUCGACCUCAUCGGCUCAAGUGAUCCUUCCACCUCAGCCUCCCUGAGUAGCUGGGACUAGUAGGCAUAGCCACCGUGCCUGGCUAAUUUUUUUUUUUUUUUGGUAGAGAUGGGUUUUUGCUCUGUUGCCCUCCUGCUUUCACUUUCUCUUCAGCUUCUCCCUCGCCACCUGCUGGCUUCCCCAGUCCCAUCCUACCUGUUGCAUCCCAUAGCCCCACUCCCAUGCCCCUGACACCCAGCCAUGCCAGGUGACCAAGAUGUACCAUCCUGAGUUAUCCUCUGGCUGACUUGGAUCUUCUGUGGCUCCUCCUCUUUCUCUGUCCCUCAGGUGGGCAUCAACUACCAGCCCCCGACCGUGGUCCCCGGGGGAGACCUGGCCAAGGUGCAGCGGGCCGUCUGCAUGCUCAGCAACACCACGGCCAUCGCGGAGGCCUGGGCCCGCCUCGACCACAAGUUCGACCUCAUGUAUGCCAAGCGGGCCUUUGUACAUUGGUAUGUCGGAGAGGGGAUGGAAGAAGGAGAAUUUUCUGAGGCCAGGGAAGACUUAGCUGCCCUGGAGAAGGAUUAUGAAGAAGUGGGGACUGAUUCGUUUGAAGAAGAAAAUGAAGGGGAGGAAUUUUAAAUAUACACCUUUCCCUUGG